UCUCUUUUCUGAGGCCAGUGUCACUUUUUCAUGUGCAGGUGAGUUCUUCCUCUCCGAUGCACUACUGUGAAUUUGGAGAAGGAGUCGCUUCAUUCACUCACCGUUCUAUUCAAGAAUUCCAAGCAAAGCAGGAUGCAGCGGAUCAGGGAAGGGAUACACAUCCGCACCAUGAAGGCCAAGAGGAAAGUGGAGGAGAUAUCCAAAGAGGACAUCCAAGCUUUCCUCAAGAAAAAUGCAUUUGUGCUUUUUACAGUUUGUGCAGUUGUUGUGGGGAUUAUUCUGGGCUUCGCGUUGCGUCCCUACAAGAUGACCUAUCGAGAAAUCAAGUACUUUUCAUUCCCUGGUGAGCUGUUGAUGAGGAUGCUUCAGAUGCUAGUGCUGCCCCUGCUGGUCUCCAGUCUAAUUACAGGGAUGGCAGCACUGGACAGCAAAGCUUCAGGGAAGAUGGGAAUCAGAGCGGUCAUUUAUUACAUGACAACAACCUUCAUCGCCGUCUUCAUCGGAAUAUUAAUUGUUCUAAUCAUCCACCCCGGAAAAGGAUCCAAGGAGGAGUUUGGGAAGCAGCAAACCAUCGAGCAAGUCAGUCCUGCUGAUGCCUUUUUGGAUCUGAUCAGGAACAUGUUUCCCCCCAACCUGGUGCAAGCUUGCACACAGCAGUUCAAAACCAAGUAUGGGAAGCGCGCGGUCCACGUGACUGUGACAGUCAACGACACCUUGUUCAACUCAACCAACGGCACCCAGGAGGUGAUGGAGCUCACGCGAGAGGAGGUGAUCCCCAUACCAGGUCAGGUGUAUGGGGUCAACGCUCUGGGGCUGGUCGUCUUCUCCAUGUGUUUCGGACUGAUAAUCGGGAACAUGAAGGAGCAGGGCCAACUCUUGAGAGACUUCUUCGACAGCCUCAACGAGGCCAUCAUGCGCCUUGUAGCCAUCAUCAUGUGGUACGCCCCCAUUGGCAUCUUGUUCCUGAUAGCAGGAAAGAUAGUAGAGAUGGAUGAUCUGACUCAGAUGGGCGGUCAGCUGGGCAUGUACACCAUCACCGUCAUCAUUGGAUUGAUGAUCCACGCCAUCAUCAUCUUGCCCACUCUGUACUUUGUCAUCACACGUCAAAACCCCUUCAUCUUCAUCGCUGGUCUUCUCCAGGCUCUCAUAACAGCCCUGGGAACCUCCUCAAGCUCAGCCACCUUGCCGGUCACCUUUAAAUGUCUGGAGGAAAACAACAGAAUCGACAAGCGCAUCACAAGGUUUGUUUUGCCUGUGGGUGCCACGAUAAACAUGGAUGGAACAGCACUUUACGAAGCUCUGGCGGCCAUCUUCAUUGCCCAGGUCAACAACAUGGACAUGAACUUUGGGCAGAUCAUCACCAUCAGCAUCACAGCCACAGCUGCCAGCAUUGGUGCCGCUGGUAUCCCUCAAGCAGGCCUGGUCACUAUGGUGAUAGUACUGACCUCUGUGGGGCUUCCUACUGAUGACAUCACCCUCAUUAUUGCGGUGGAUUGGUUCCUGGACCGUCUGCGCACCACAACAAACGUACUGGGCGAUUCUAUCGGAGCCGGAAUCGUGGAGUUCCUAUCUCGUCACGAGCUGCGCAGCAAAGACGUGGAGAUGGGAAACUCAGUGCUGGAGGAGAAAGAGAGAAAGAAGCCGUACAAGCUCAUCUCGCAGGAUAGUGACUUUGAAAAUGACAAGCAUGGUCACAGAGAGUCAAGCAUGUGAUGGACCCUGAAAUUGCAAGAAUGAACCACCACGGUUUCCUGAAUGGUAACGUUAGUCUUCUGGUAUUCCAUUCAUUCUUUUCUAAACUGUGUUGUGAUUUUCAUUUUCUGUAUAUAUCUAUAUCUAUAUGCCAUUUACUGUUGUUAAGAUGAUCAGUAAGAUAAACCAUCCCUCUACACUAUAUUGUGUUUAAACUUUGACAAAUUUGAAAUAGGAGUAUAUUUGAUACAGAUAUAAGUUGUGGAUAUAAACGGGUUAUGAGCUAUAUUGGGCUUGGGUGCAGUUAUAUGAGGUAUGCUGUGUUGUUUUGUGGCUGCAAUUUCAUGCCCUUGAUCAGAUUUCAUACAACUCACUCCCUCCGACUUUUAUUUGUGGCCCAUCAGCACUGUAAAUCGUAAAAUACACUAUAUAUUACUAGCAAUGCUAUUCAGCGGAAUGAUGCUGACUGCUAAAUACAACCCCUGCAAGCCUUCGGUGUGUGAAGCAGCAAGAGUUUAACUGUGUGUCAGUCACUGCUAUCUUAUUAAGGUGUGCUUUAUAUUUUCAAUAUCAGACCUCCCUAGCGCUUAGUAUUAUGUUCCUGUUCAGCGUCUCGCAGAACAGUCCUCGCCUUAGAUAGCAAAUGUCAUUGAUUCCACACUGGACUUUGGUCAAUUGUUGGAAAAUCAACACUGAUUCAACGCUGAAUUAUAUCAAUUUUAUGGUCAGAAUUGGUUCAAAUUUCAACGUUGUUUCAAUGUUGGCAACACAUUCAACAUUGAUUCGAUAUCCUCUUGUUAUCUGGGGCUUUGGACAGUGCUGGUACAAGACAACGUUGUGAAAACUCAUCACUCAUGAAUGUGGAGCCAAUAAUGAUAAUAAAGUGUU